GCUAGCGCAGCCGUGCGUUUCCUGGCUGGUUCCAAGAAGGCGCCUCAGGGCAUCUUGCAGCUGCGACUGCAUGUCAAGCCGGGGGCGAGCAAGACCAGAGAGGGCAUUCAGAUGGUCACCGACGACGUGAUUGAACUUUGCGUUGCGGCUCAAGCCAAAGACGGCGAGGCCAAUCAGGCGGUGAUUGAGGUCCUCAGCGAGGCUCUGGACAUUCCCAAGUCGAAGUUGGUUCUGGCUCAAGGCGCGAGAUCGAGAGAUAAGACGGUGGUUGUG